AUGGCGACAGCGCCAGUGAAGCCGCCGCUGCACAACUUCCCGCUCACAUUCUUGAAAUGGGGGACUAAGAACGCCACCGCCAACAACCACAACCGCUACCGCCGACCCGCCUCCGCUGAACCGGCCUCCGAGCACGACUCCGAAUCCGACCGCCACAACCGGGUCGGGUCCUCCCGGGCCGAUCGCCGCCGAUUAUCGCUGAUCUCGUGCUCGGAAAACAAGCGCCGUAGGAGCGAGGAGAGGGAGAGCGAUCAAGAGGAGGAGGAAGCUGAGGUGCUACUUCAGAAGCCCUGGAAUUUGAGGCCCAGGAGACCUCCCGCGACGGCGUCGUUUCAAAAGGCAAGUGGCCCUAACGCCGCGGUUGGUGCGAACCGGGAAGGGCAGGAACCUGAAGGGCCGAACAGAAGUCAGAGCGAGAUGAUGCAGCAGCAGCAGCCGAAGUCGAUGAGGUUGAGGGGUUUGGCGGAGGGGCAAAGUGUGGAGAAGAAGAAGAAGGAGAAGAGCAAGUUCUGGAUCGCUUUGUCGAAGGAGGAGAUUGAAGAGGACGUGUUCGUGAUGACCGGGUCGAGGCCCUCCAGAAGGCCCAAGAAGCGACCCAAGAAUGUUCAGAAGCAGCUCGAUAGUAUCUUUCCUGGGUUGUGGCUGGUUGGUGUUACUGCUGAUGCUUAUAAGUCUGCUGAUUCUCCAUGUAAGAGGUAGAUUUGUAUGGUGACCGGAAGAUUAUGAUUGUCUCGAAACUUCGUAAAUGGAAAUUGCUGCUGCAGCUGUAGACUGGAAGCCUCAAUCUUUGAGGUAUCAUGCGCUCAACUUUUACAGAAGAAGAAUUGGAAUUUACCCUAUACAAGGCAGAACAAAAAUCCAUGAGAGGAAAAAAGGAGAGAGGAUAUCUAAUUUCCUUUUUUAAUGUCUAGUUUUAUUUUUUUUGGCCUUAUUGUAUUGCUCAUUAGGGGCAGGAUGCAGGGUAAAUCUAGUUGCUUUAUAUGGAAGUAGGUCUAAUAUGUAAAAAUAUAUGGAGUUUCUAUAUAUGUACAUGAUAUAGCGUCAAGUUCAGACCUUUCUCUUGUUAAUGGUAUUAAUCGAUUAGGCUUGUCGGAGA